AUGAAGAAAGGGCAUGUGGAUGAGUAUGGCAUCUUGUCUUCAUGGGGUCCAAAUGGAGACGCUGAUUGUUGCAACUGGUGGGGAAUUUAUUGUAACAACCAAACAGGCCAUGUUGUGAAGCUGGAUCUCUGUGCUUGUGACUAUGAUAAACCUUUGAGAGGUCAGAUUAGUUCCUCUAUGGUGGAAUUGCAACAGUUGAAUUAUCUAGAUUUUAGUUGGAAUGAUUUUCAUCUAAAUCCAAUUCUAGAGUUUCUUGGCUCUCUUACCGAUUUAAGAACUCUUGAUCUGAGGCAUGCUUACUUUGGUGGGAAAAUUCCUUAUCAAUUAGGAGAACUCUCGAGCCUACAGAAUCUUUAUCUCUAG